AUGGCCUCCCAUGAAUUAAUCUGUACUGGUGUAAGAAGGAGAGUGGGGAAUGGAAAUUCAACUCUAAUCUGGGGUCAUCCAUGGUUACCUGACGAACCUGAUCCAAUGAUACAGACUAUCAUGCCAAAUAUAUUAAAUGGCUCAGUGGUUUCAGGAUUGAUUGACCUGACCACAGGAACAUGGGACCAUUCCAUCAUUCAGGAUAGCUUUCAGCAUACUGACGUAGCCCGUAUAUUAAAGGUGCCAGUGGCUCCCCUCUAUGAGGAUUCCUGGUUUUGGCAAGGAGACCCAAAGGGCAUCUAUUCUGUCAAAGAAGGUUAUAAGCGAGUUGUGGGAGACCUACAGCCUACUACGGGUAUUUAUGAUAAAUGGCUACAUCUUUGGAAAAUAAAAUGCCCUGCGAAAUGGAAAAUUUUUAUAUGGAGAGCUCUUUCCAAUAUUCUCCCAACCACUACGAAUUUGAUUAUAAAAAGAGUGGAGAUUGACCCAACAUGUCCAUUAUGUGGUGUUCUAAAUGGAAAUGUUAUGCAUUCACUUCUUUUAUGUGAUUUUUCAUCAUUGGAGGAUGUUGUGACUGUUGUAGCAACCUUGUACCACAUUUGGAAGGCACGCAACAGAGCAGUGUGGGAAGCCUCCAUUCCUCGGCCGAGAACUGUGUGGCGUACAGCUCAGGCUUCUGCUGCCGCUUGGCGUCACGCCCAUCCAGUUUCUGCUCACCAACAGACGCCGCAACCUACGGCCAUUCCAGGCGGUUUUGGAGCAGAUUGUUAUUGCUUCGUAGAUGCGGCUUACCUUCACCACACCAAGACGGGAGCUUUUGGCGCUGUUCUAUUGGCGCACGACGGGGUCUUCAUGGCAGCUUUCAAUGGGCGGUUUCCGCCAUGUUUUUCUCCUUUCAUGGCUGAGUCGCUAGCAUGCAAAGAAACUCUAUCAUGGCUAAAGGACCGGGGUCUUACUUCGGUGCAUAUCUACACGGAUUGUUCCACGCUCAAGAAUUUGUUAUCUACACCUACUGUUAAUCUACUUUCAUAUGUUGGUUUUUCUAUUGAUGCCUCUAGGGCAAUUAUGUCGUCUUUUGCGCAUUGUUCAGUUAGUUUCAUUCCUAGAACUGCAAAUAGAGGAGCUCACGUCCUUGCUACGUUAGCUCUCUCGUAG